UUAAGGAGAUGCCUACAUAGAAAAGUGCCAGCGGCUGGACUAAAUGUUUCACUGCUGAACUAGUUCCUCAGGUAUCCUGGCUCUGGAGAUUGCUAUGGGAGAUUGGUUGACUGUUACAGAUCCGAAUCUGUCUUCAGAAAGCAAAAAUAUCUCUCAAUAUACCUCAGAAACAAAGAUGUCUCCAUCAAGUUUAUACUCACAGCAAGUGCUAUGUUCUUCAAUACCUUUAUCAAAAAAUGUGCACAGCUUUUUCAGUGCCUUCUGCACAGAAGAGAAUAUUGAACAAAGUAUUUCAUACCUUGAUCAGGAACUCACUACCUUCGGUUUUCCUUCAUUAUAUGAAGAAUCCAAAGGUAAAGAGACAAAGAGAGAAUUAAAUAUAGUUGCUGUUUUAAACUGUAUGAAUGAGCUACUUGUACUUCAGCGGAAGAACCUUAUAGCUCAGGAAAAUGUGGAAACACAGAAUCUGAAACUGGGAAGUGAUAUGGAUCAUCUACAGAACUGCUAUGCAAAACUUAAGGAACAGCUAGAAACUUCCAGGAGGGAAAUGAUUGGGCUUCAGGAAAGAGACAGGCAGUUACAGUGCAAGAAUAGAAAUUUACAUCAGCUACUGAAAAAUGAGAAAGAUGAGGUACAAAAAUUACAAAAUAUCAUUGCAAGUCGAGCUACUCAAUAUAAUCAUGAUAUGAAGAGAAAAGAACGUGAAUAUAAUAAACUAAAGGAACGUCUGCAUCAACUUGUUAUGAACAAGAAGGAUAAAAAAAUAGCUAUGGAUGUUUUAAAUUAUGUGGGGAGAGCUGAUGGAAAAAGAGGCUCCUGGAGGACUGGUAAAACUGAAGCCAGGAAUGAAGAUGAAAUGUAUAAAAUUCUCUUGAAUGAUUAUGAAUAUCGCCAGAAACAAAUCCUGAUAGAAAAUGCUGAACUUAAGAAGGUUCUUCAGCAGAUGAAAAAGGAGAUGAUUUCUCUUCUUUCUCCCCAAAAGAAGAAACCUAGAGAAAGAGUGGAUGAUAGUACAGGAACUGUAAGUGGCUCUUUCCUGUCUAAUACAGUCUUUGAUUGCUAAUUAGAACAAUUAAAAUACUAGAUAGGUGUUCUCAAGGGGGAAACUAUUAGUAUUUUGAACAGGAUACUCACUGCUGGCUACCCCAGCCACUGUGAUGACCAAAGAAGUGUCCCUAUGUGUUUCCAGACACACCCUGAGAAAUGAUGGAGAUGAUUUUUCUGGGGACUUAAUUCAUGGCAGCCACUAUGAUAAACACUUUAUAAGCAUCGUCUUAU